AUGGUUGGUUCGGAUCCUAUUUAUUUACCCUCUAUCGCCGUUCUUACUCGUGCUGAACUUGCUGCCCACCCUGUGCAUGUUUUGCACUCCAUGGAUCACUUUGACCUCCCUCGGAAUCAAAUCUCUCAUUCCUCUGUCUCUUCCUUUCACUCUUCAAACAACAACUACCAGCCAGAUCUUCAACGCGUCCCUCUCAGCCACGACCCUCCUCAACAAGAAGAAAAGAACGACGCUAAUGCUCUCUUCAUGAAAGGUCCAAAACGAAAACGACUCGCAAAGGCUUGCGAUGCUUGCCAUAGGAGCAAGCGUCGAUGUGAUGGCACCGCACCAUGCAGCAACUGCUUCUAUGCUUCCAAGCAAUGCACUUACACCGACGCCUCGGGUCGUCCCGUCCCCGCACCCCGUCCUUUCAAAUCAGAAUCAACUUCGUCAGACAACCGCACUUCAUCCUACAAUCCCCCUCAACCCUCUCAAUUUUCUUCUGCGGGAGAGACUUCGCGCUUUCCACCGCCACAUCGAACACCAAAUGGGUAUCCACCAGUCGCUUCAUCUUCAUCUCAACCACACCAUAACGACGAAGAGCGCACGCGCAAGCGCUUCAGAAAUGAGAGGAGCAACCCAGUCGCUCAAGAUGAUUUGAUCAUCGACGGACCCAUAUCCGGCAUCACUAUGGAUCGCCCAGCUCCUCUGGAACUCGAUCCUUCCCUAACCCGCGAACUCACAAAUCUAUUCUUCACUCACUGCCAUCCUGCCCGCGCCAUUAUCCAUAAACCAAAUUUCUCCGCCGCCCUCAGCCACAAUCGUGUCCCAUCAUACCUUCUUCAUGCCGUUUGCGCCCUCGCGGCCCCUCUCUCCAAACAACCCCGUAUACGUACCACCCCAUCCCGCUAUGCAGGGAAACCUUUCGCCCAAGAGGCCCUUUCCCUCAUGUUUGAUGGUGCAGGUCGGCUUGUGUGUGAACCCAAUCUCGCUACAGCCCAAGCACUCUCCCUCCUUCAGAUGCAUGACAUUUUGGUCAAAGACAAAAAUGUAUUGUGGAAUUCUCGCUAUCAUGAUCUGGCGUUACAAAUAGUGGACGCUCUCGGGGUUCACAGCCCCGAGCAUCCAACUCUCACGCCCGUACCCUCUGCCGAAUUUAUCUUUGCUUCGAUCGAGCGAGAGGCCAUUCGCCGUAUAUUUUGGCUGAUCCACUUAAUGGACGUCAUGGCGGCCAUAUAUUUCAAGAAACCCAUCACCUUUACCGAUAGCGAACUGCGGCUACGCUUGCCCGUCGACGAAACAAGUUUCGAGCUUGGUGUUCAUUCCACUUUGCCAGAGUACCUCUAUCUCCCGGCGGUAAGGACCCAAUACGCCUCCGAAUUCGGCCAUCUUAUCCGCGUCAUAUCCAUCUAUGCCAAAGUGGAGUUGGCCCUCGAUGAGCUCAAUGGUCCAGAAGGACAUUUGCGGGCGAAUGCCGCGCUUAUCGAAGCUGAGCAAAAGAUGGAGGAUUGGGCACGCACGCUCCCUGAGCAUCUACGAUUCUCUGAACAAAGCCUACUGGUCCAACAAUCAAUGUUCGAGACUAGUUCGAAUACGGGCGCGUGGUGUUGGUGCUGUAUACACGUAUAUCAUGCAUCUUGUGCGCUCGGUCUGAACGUUGCCAGACAACGUUCCCAGCGAGGGCCAAAGACGGAACCGCACUGGGCUCUUCAAACAUUGGAUCUGAUCUUGAAUAUGUUGGGUGAUCGUGCAAAGAACAGUAUCUUGAUGGGAGCUGCCCUAUGGUCACUCAUCAAAUAUUGCAAAAGGGACGAUGCCCAGGUCCGCGCCUGGAGUGCAGAUUAUGAAGAAUCCUGGGGAACCAAGAUUGCUGACCUUGUCCAAGAAUGGCGUCCGCAACCCUCACCUCCCCAUCAAUAUUUGCAUGCAUCUCAACAGCAUCAGAAUCAGAAUCCACUCCCGCAACAUCAGCAACCAACGAACCACCAUUCACAAUUACCCCAUUCUCAUCGGCGACUUUCAGAAGCACGGAACCCCGGCGGUAGCAACCCACCAAAUACUGGCCAGCGCCCGCCUCCCCAUCAACACGCAGGCGACGCUUCUUCUAGUCACUGCAGGUCAUCCAGCUCCUCACCUACUUCUUUACCGCUUGGGCGCUCACUGGAUGAACUUCGUCUGCACAACAAUAACCCAAACUCCAACCGCCCGUCUUCACACUCUCUUCCUGACCCAAGAGACUCACGGACAGGGUCAUCGCUGCCAACGACAGGGUCUAAUACCGGUGUAGGCCCGCCUCUGGGGCAUGGUGGGAACGAGAACCAGAAAUACACACGAGAAAAAGAGAACGGGAGCGUUGGCGUAGGAAGCAGUGGCAUGAAUGGGACGGCGCAGCAGUCGGGUAGCGGAAGUAUACCAGGAGGAGUGGCCGGUGGGCUGAACGAAAAUACGGGACAACGGAACCUUGACGGCCCGCAAUCCCUGCCAUCGCUCAAGGCGAGUGGCCUUCUCGACUCAUGGAACUCGUCAAGGAUGGAUUUGCAAAAACCGCAAGGGCACGGUGCAAAUGGGACGCAGGCGUCUCCGCAGAGGUCACCGCCAAUGCCACCUAUUUAUCAAGACGCGGAUAUGCGUCCGGCGACUCUUGGUAUGCCCGUCGGACUGCAAUGGCUUGCGAAUGAAUCCAGGUAG